AGAGUGAGUGAGUGAGUGACAGCAGGAGCAGCAUCCCAGCCAGGCAACCCUGCAUCCCCACUAGCCAGGCAGCACUGCAUCCUCAGCCAGGGCAGCACUGCAUCCCCAGCCAGGGCAGCACUGCAGGAGCAGUAUCCCAGCCAGGCAGCACUGCCACCCAGCCACCCAGCACUGUAUCCCCGGCCAGGCAGCACAGUGGAGCAGCAUCCUCUGCCAGGCAGCACAGUGGAUCCAGGAUCAGAGCCCAUGGCUGUGUCUGCACCCCCUCCAGUCAUGGGGGCAACUUCCACCCCAGGCUCAGGGGGUCUGUACUCCAGCCCAGCAGAGUCCCCCAGGCUGGGCAUGCUGAGCAGCUUCAUGGGCUCCGGCCCCAGCCCCGUGGCCAGCAGCAGCAGUGAGUGCCGGAUGGUGGACCUGCACGGGGUGAAGGUGGCUUCUUUCGUGCUGGAGGGGCAGGAGCUGAUCUGCCUGCCCCAGGUCUUUGACUUGUUCCUCAAGCACCUGGUCGGGGGGCUGCACACGGUCUACACUAAGCUCAAGAGACUGGAUAUAACGCCGGUGGUGUGCACGGUGGAGCAGGUCCGGGUGCUCCGGGGACUGGGGGCCAUUCAGCCUGGGGUCAACCGCUGCAAGCUCAUCACCAGGAGGGACUUCGAGACCCUGUACAACGACUGCACCAAUGCCAGCUCUCGACCAGGAAGGCCUCCGAAACGUUCGCUUGGAGUUGCAAUUCAAGAUAACGCACGCCUGCUGCCACACGGAGUCCCUGGUCUCUUAUCUCCUGGACUUAUCUCCCCCACAGGCCUCACAGCUGCAGCGAUGGCCGAAGCUAUGAAACUGCAAAAGAUGAAGCUUAUGGCCAUAAACAGCAUACACGGCGGUGGGAGUCAGAACGGAACAGAGUCCGAAAAUGAAGAACUCAAUUCAAAUGCAGGGGGAAGUGAAUCGUCAUGGGAUAAAGAAAAGCUUCAGUCUCCAAUCACAACAAGUGGGUCACAACAUGGAAUUGGUCAUGUCACGUUGUCAGGCCAGUCGAGUCUUGGAGGUGCACAUCCACUCAGCCCACUCCAACAAAAUCACCUACUAGCCAACAGAUUAGAUUUACCCUUCAUGAUGAUGCCGCAUCCCCUUCUUCCAGUCAGCCUACCUCCUGCAUCCGUUGCCAUGGCAAUGAAUCAGAUGAAUCACCUCAAUACUAUAGCUAAUAUGGCUGCAGCGGCCCAGAUGCAUAGUCCUCUGUCCAGAGUGGGAGCCUCGGUUAUAAAGGAAAGAAUUCAGGAUAGUCCCUCACCUGCCCCAUCCAUAGAAGAAAACCAGAGGCCCGGAAGCCAAGGAUCCUCACAUCAAAGCAGUAGUGUAUCUAGUUCACCGUCCCAGCUUGACAACAUACCCGACCGAGUUGCUAUGCUACCCAAUUCUGGAGAUGGAGAAAUUACUGAACAGGAUACCAGUAUAAAAAAGAUAUCAAAAGACAAAGGGCAGCAGAGUGGUUUACUGGGGCCCAGGACUGGACACGUGACGUGGACUCCUGGCAGAGUUGUUGGGGGGACUACAGUCAGUGGGUCCAUCUUCUCCAUGAUGUCGGACGAUGAUAUCCAAAUUACCAUUCCACUUAUUAAACCAGCUUUGGAUAAAGUUCAGUUGGCUGGGCAAAGCUUACCCCCAGGCUUUCCAGCUCCCUUCCUCUUUGCUGAUGGACUGUCAUCUGUAGAAACACUUCUCACAAAUAUUCAGGGCCUUUUAAAAGUUGCAGUUGAUAACGCCAGAGUACAAGAAAAGCAAAUACAACAGGAAAAGAAAGAGUUAAAGAUGGAACUUUGCCGAGAGAGGGAACUACGGGAAAACCUGGAGAGGCAACUGACUGCUGAGCUACAGAGCCGAGCAACAAUUCAAAAGCGCUUGAAGAAAGAGAAAAAGGCCAAAAGAAAAUUGCAGGAAGCUCUGGAGUUUGAGUCAAAAAGAAGGGAACAAGUUGAACAAGCACUUAAACAAGCCACAACAGGAGAGGCACUCCGAAUGUUAAAUGAUGCUUGCAUCCCAGAUAUGGAAACAGAACACAAUGGGUCUCAACACGAUAGCCCCCCAAUGCAAGAAAACAGGACGUACAUAAAGCCACCUCCGAUCAUGUACUGAAAAAGUGGAGAUUGGCGUCCGAAGAUUAUACUGUUCCUGAGAAGGGUUCCUCCCAACCUCUGAUGCCUUCAGUCUGGAAAGAAGAAGAAGAAGAAGAUGAUAUAAAGCAUGAACUACGAAGGACUUUUUUUGAGAAAUUGUCACCCAUAAUGAACUGCCAUGUCAUCCUAUUAAUAUCAAAAUAUUCCCUGUAAAAACAUUUUUUAAAUGAAACUAAUCCAUGUAACAAUUUUGGAUUUUAGAAAAAGUCUACAUUUUUAAGCACAUCUGAAAGUUAUUCCGCUAUCUCUUUGCGUCCCAAACUGUUAUUUUAUUUGAUGUUUUUUUUUAUUAUAGUUUGCAAGAUAGGUCAAGCAUUUCAGUCCCCUUGGGCAUUUAAAUUGUUGAUGCCAGGAUCUAUCCAUAUUGUACAGCUACGGCACAAUGGUAAUACGAGACUCAACAAAGUCUUUACCUUUACCAGCUAUCCCUGUGACUGAACUAAACAUUGUUUGUUAAUCGAAAACCACUCAUCACAGAACAGUAUAAUUGUGUUUAUAAUUUUAGCUUUGUUUAUCAAAGCUGAUACUCAGUAUAUAUAACAUUUUGGAAAGAAAUGUGUGUACAUUUUUAAAAAAAAUAAUAAAAAUAAAAAACAAUGCUGUACAAAUUUUCUUUAAUUUGAUGACCAAGCUUGGUGCCUACCUGCAAGGCAGCUAGAUUAUUGAGGAUCACUAUGCCGUUCUAUGAUCUGCUUGGAAUUUGAUCUUUUAAAUGAAGCAAUGUUACGGUAGAGUGUUAGAUAAUGGAACCUUUUAAGUAUGGUUUCUCUGUUGUAUCAUAUUAAGUUAAAAUAUAACUUUUUUUUGUUAAGAUGUUCUUGCUAAGAUACAGUAUUACAUUUUUUUUUGUUUUGUUUGACUUUGGAAAUCUUUCAUUUUUUGAUGCCUAAUUUAAUGUAUUAUAUUAAAUUGAACAGUUAAACUAAUCAAACGACCGGUUGAAAAAUUUUACU